UGGAGCUAGGCUGUAGUUUAGGAAGCUGCUUCUGUCUCUUUCCGGUCCCCGAAUCGCUCGCUUUGUCACUCAGAGGCAACCGGGGAGCCCGCAGCUGGGUCAAGUGGGGAGUGGCAGCGCCGAGGUUCGAACUCGAAUGACUGAGCGCUAGGCGAGGCGUAGCAGAGCCGAGAUGAGCCAGUCUUUGGUUUGCCCCGAGACCGUGAGCAGGGUGAGUUCUGUGCUUAAUAGAAACAGCCGGCAAUUUGGGAAGAAACAUCUUUUUGACCAGGAUGAGGAGACAUGCUGGAACUCUGACCAGGGCCCCUCCCAGUGGGUGACACUCGAGUUUCCCAAGCGUGUUCACAUCACACAGCUGCAGGUGCAGUUCCAGGGCGGAUUCUCUAGUCGCCACAGCUACCUGGAAGGUUCACAGUCUGGGAACACACUCAGGAAGAUUGUGGACUUUUACCCUGAGGACACAAACGCCCUUCAAACCUUCUCCCUCCCCACUGUGGAGGUGGACCGAGUGAAGUUGACCUUUGAGGACACCACCGACUUUUUUGGCCGUGUGGUCAUCUACCACCUGCGGGUGCUGGGUGAGAAAGCAGUGUGAGAGCUAUCGACGGCCACCUCUUCCAGGAAGACCCCCCCCCCCCCCGAACACCCACACCCACAAACCCUUCACGUUCACAGAUUUAUUAGUUCCUGUUGUGGGGAGGGCCCUUUCCCACCACUGUCCAAGGGCUGCCUC